GGGAAUUUCAUUUUUGCAUCAGACCUCACAUCAUCACACUUGCAACUUACGCCGCGACUUUUUUUUCUUGCCUCAACAACCGUUAGCCCAGUUAUAUGAUCUCUCUUACAAGCGAUCGAUAACGAUCAAAUCUUUGGAAACUUUGUUCUUUCCAACUUUGCGGGACCUCCUGUUGUAUUUGAGGGUAUAUGUGGAUAGUAAAUCAUACGUCAAUACAGGAGAAAACUGCAUGCGAUGAUUAAAUGACAAUUGGUACUAUGCUAUCAUCUGUCACUUAUCACUCCUUCUCCUCUGCCUCAGAGAUUUCGUUUUUCAUCCCACACAAGCGCACCUAUGACCUCAUUCACCCGACCUCGAUCAUCACUGCCUGCUAUCAAACUUUCGACCAGUUCCGUUUUUCAAUAGAUCCAAUCAGCUGCCCCAUUCCAAUCCUGCUUCAAUUUCCUUUUCAAAGACUCUUCCCAUCCAUACCACCAGGUCACUGAUUUCUACACUCCAAUUUCCCAGCAGAAAAAUUAUGGUUCUAAGUUUUAUGCAAAAGGCUACCCAGAGUCUCUUUUCUUUAUGAAAUCGGUGUAACCGAUACUCUAUGCAAUCGUU